UGCUGCUGUACCGCUGCCGCCGCGGCUGCUCGGGCUGUGAGCGCCCAGGAACAGGCCGCCGCGCGCCGCUCUCGGACCCGCAGCCCCCGCCCGCCCUGCCGGGUCGGGCGGCCCAGGGCUGCACCCUUCUAUUCCUCCCUGGCCACAACCCGUCACAGUUGAGCGCCUGUUUGCCUGAAGGUGAUUUCCAGAAGCAGGAGUUACAAGUGUGUAACCCUAACCCCUCCACACCCGGCUUCCUCCCCACCGGCUCCUCCUGGAGGGAGGAAACCCUGGGACUGCUCUCCCGGGACCUUUCUGCAGGUCGGGUCCCUGCAGCACCUGGACACGGCUGCUGCCUGCAGGAGCCAUCCUGUGACAGGAGUCCCCAGAGCUGGCCAGGGGAUGAACCGUGAGGGGGCCCCCGGGAAGAGUCCGGAGGAGAUGUACAUUCAGCAGAAGGUCCGAGUGCUGCUCAUGCUGAGGAAGAUGGGCUCCAACCUGACGGCCAGCGAGGAGGAGUUCCUGCGCACCUACGCGGGGGUGGUGAACAGCCAGCUCAGCCAGCUGCCCCAGCACUCCAUCGACCAGGGUGCAGAGGAUGUGGUGAUGGCGUUUUCCAGGUCGGAGACAGAGGACCGGAGGCAGUAGCUGCGAACCCCUUGGAACACCCUGGAAGCUGGCAAGGCCCAGGAGAUCUGUGUGGACCUCACCAGCUGAGUGGCAGAGGGUCACCUUCUCUACCCCCUGUCCCCCACCCCACCCCUUCCUGUCCUGCCACUCAGGGUCAUCGAGGGGGACACCGGUGGUGCAGUUAUGAUUGGCUUAAAGGGACGGACUCAGAUUGGCUGCGGGAAGAAAUGUUUUUAUUUUUUAAAUCUUGACCAACAGAAACCUUUUUAUUUUUAUUUCUGACUCUUUAUUUUUUAAACAAAAAUUGCGCCUCGGUGUAUGGCUUCCCAGGAAGCUCGCCGAGCUCUGGUGCUUUAUUUAGGUCACUUUUUAGGAAUGUGAAGAGGUCCGAUUGGCUGCUUAAACUGGAAGAGGAUUUUGAUUGGCUGGCUAAUGGGAAAGGGUUUUGUUUUUUUGUUUUUUUUCUUUGAUUGGCUGCAGGUGUUCUGCGGAUCGCACCAGCUUCUCUCUUUUGAAUGCUGAAAACAGGGUUUGGGACGUUGGUUGUUACAUUUGACUUGAAAAAAAGAAAGAAAGAAACCAAGUGCGCUUUGCAAUAUUUAUUACACAAAAAGCUUGCCGCUGCUUUCCCUG